AUGCUAACCCGGUUGUCGAAAUCGAUAACAUUACAUCGAUCCAAGAUAUUUUACAGAGAUAUUCGACUUGUCACUAACCUAAAUGCUAGUCUAACUCAAUUUCCCGGUGUUUUCGAAGAUAAACAAGAUGAUAAUCGAUAUGUGAGGAAGUCUAAUUUGUUUCUAGUCGCAUUCUGCGGUACUGUUUUGUAUUUGAACAAGGAAAGGUGAGUUUUGUUUUGAUUUUUUUGCUUUUGAAAUUUAGAUAGAGAAGGUGAAGAAGAUCGAGGAAGAUUGGUGUUAUUGUGAGGAUUUUUUGGGUGAAAAAAGCCACUGGCAAUUAGGCAGAGGUGUAUUCUUGCUGCGAAAUGUGAAUAUCAGCUUUCGGCUAGGAGUGUAGCCUUUUUUUUGAUGGAUCUAACUUUUGAGGUGUUUGAUUUUCGGGCGAGGUAAAAUAGGGCUGUUCUGAAGUCAGGGUUAUACGAAAAUGAUUGGAAAAGCAAGGUGUAGGCUCGUUUUUCUGUUAACACAAAAAAAUCGCCGAGAUUUUGUCUUCUAUUAGACUAGAAUUUUUAUAUUGCACUAGACCUCUACUGCAAUAUCAAUUUUCGUUCCAAUCCUCCAAAUCUUCACUUAGGUUUCCUGUAGUGCUCUUAGAACUCCAGAAAUCUGUAAAUUCCCUCAUUUACCUUGUUUUCAGAUGGCAAAAUCUUUUCGGUCGCUUCAAAGUUCAUGCUCUUGCCCAGGAAAAUGUCGGCGAAACAAAUGCAACCCCAGCAGAACAGGAAAUUCUUCAGAAUCACGAAAAAGAAUGCGAUAUCUUCGAUGGCGAAGAGAAGAAGAAGAAAAAGAAGAGGAAUUUGUUCAGACAAAAGAGAAUCAUCGAGUAUGAGAAUCGACUUCGGAUGUACUCGGCUCCGGACAAGAUUUUUAGGUAUUUCGCAACGGUAAAGGUGAGAUUUUUGGAUUCUUUUGGGUUGAUAUGGUGCCCUGGGGUAGUUAGAAGGUAGUGAUAAUUGAACUCGAUUGAUUAAAAAAGGUUGGGAUUGAUUUUUGAGCGAAAAUUAUAUUACACUAGGCAUCUGAUAAUUUUUUUUUAUUUUUCGGAUUUUUGAAGGGGAAUGAGGGAAUAUUUUGGCUUGAAAACAUACUUGAGGAUGCUGAGUGGAAUCUGCUUUUGAGUCUGGCCUCUAGUGACAAUUAUAAAUACAUUUUUGAUCAAAAAAUUAUAUUACACUUGACAUUUUUUAUCUUUUUUUGAUUGUCACCAAGUGUUUUAUGUAUUUUUCUGUUUAAAUACCGACCAGACUAUAUUUGACAUUCUUUUAUGUUGAAAUACCGGCAUCUCGGCAUUUAUCAAGAGGUUUUUUGAUUAAAAUUAUAUUAUACUUGACAUCAGAUUUUUUAAAAUUUUUAUGCUCCGUUUUUUCAGUAUAUUGACAACGACGGUCAAGCCUCGAUCUUUAUGACUCCGGAAGAUUUCGUUCGAUCCUUGACACCGGGUGUAAUGCAGCCUCGGAGGUAUGGCCUGGACAUGUACAAGGUUUACCAUCCCGGAGAGACAAUCACAGCUUCGGAUGAGUCGAUGAUUUUCAAUUGGCUGGAGAGAGGAGGCCUUAUUGCUUACGAGGACUACUUGUUUUUGAUGACUUUGUUGUCAAGUAAGUCGUUUUUUAGUUUUUUUUCGGAUUUUAGGUAUCAAAAUGAAAUGAGGAAUUUUUUAGCCUCUCCAAACGAUUUCCGAUUGGCCUUCUCGGUGUUUGAUGUGAAUGGAGACGGGUUAUUGGACAAAUUUGAAUUCGAAAAGGUCCAAGAUUUGGUGCUGAAGCAGUCUCAUGUCGGUCAAAAACAUCGAGACAAUUUUGCGCAAGGAAUUUUGUUCAAAAAGUCAGGUUCGACGUGUUUGACCAGAUAUUUCUUCGGCCCAAAUCAUGAUCAGAAGCUGACUGUGGACAGGUUUUUGCAGUUCCAGGUAAGAAAUAUUGAUUUAGGAUGA